CGGAGCUCCUCAGACUGGGUACGAGUCUGAACGUGCACCUGCUCAGAGGCUUGCGAUUUCUCAGGGGAUAGUUCAGAAUAACACAGCUUCUGCAUUAUUCGGCACGGGAAUUGCAUACAGGAUAAUUUUGCUCUAAACGCAGUGAUAUUGCCCCCGUGCCGGAUCGCGACAGAUAUAAACCCCCGUUGCAGGCCUCUCCCUUUCCCAACAGCCCACUCAAUCCCAACGCACCCCAAUCGUCGAUGUUCCUCCACAGACCCAGAGUCAGCCGUGCUCUCUCUGCCUUCGACCAUGCCAGCCAUCGCUGGGCAGCCAUACCUUUGCGCAACCCGCAUGACCCAAUCACCCAGAGGCCUUCUUCUUCUCCUCACGCUGUUGGCAAGCAGACGCUUUCCCUUACUUCCUGGAAUAUCCAGGCCUCCCAGCUAAAGCCCGUCGCACGCUCCGAGCUCAUCCUCGACCACAUCCUCAAAGGACCCAAGUUUCCCGACAUCCUUCUUCUCCAAGAAGUCGCGUCUAGCGUCCGGAAGUCUCUCCUCAGCGACCCCAGAGUACGCUCGAGCUUCCUAAUCACUGACGCCGAGGACGACACGUCUUUCAAGGGCGUACCAUUCGCAACCAUGACGUUGCUCUCCAACAAGCGUUUCGGCUCUCCGUUGCUCGCCAAGGAGGAGGAGAAGGGCGAGGGAGAUUCCAAGAUCGUGCUCGACAGCGUCUUCCGCACGGAGCUGCCGAGCAGGUACAACAGGGAUGCGCUCUGCGUGAAUGUCGCCACCCCAGCUGCGCCUGGCCAGGUCCUACGUCUCUUCAACGUCCACCUCGACUCCCUCGACUCGGAGUUCAGGCGUAUACUUCAGAUGGAGGUACUGGCUGGCGCCCUGCGCGAGCCCGGAUGCAGCGGCGGCAUCAUCGCAGGCGACUUCAAUGCAAUCUACCCCGACGAUCACGUCCUCGUCGACAAACACGAGCUGGUCGAUGCCUGGGUCGCGCUGCACGGGAGCACGAAGGGGCCUGAUGGAGGAGCUACAUGGGGUGUCGGCGUCGAGCUCGAGGGCGGACUCAAGCCAGGCAGAUUGGACAAGGUCGUUAUGCUGGGCUUGCAGCCCACCGAGAUCGAAGUCCUCCAGCCUGGUCUCAUCGAUGCCCAUACACCCUGGAGCGACCACUGCGGGCUGCGCUGCACCUUCACCAUCUAAUACGUAGAUCAUUAGAUCGAAAGCGGUUGAACCAUCAUGUUACUCUCUUUUCCAACGUCGAACAAUGUUUACCCUCCUCAAUCGACGAUCCAUCUCUUUAGACUAUAUAAAUUUGUACGAUAGUCGAUGCCUCUUCGCAACUCUACCUCUUGCACUUGUCGUAUCUCUCGAAUCGUGCUGUAAGCAGAUACUAUACGCUUCUAGUCGCAUCAAGCGCGGAAUGACGAGACGAUGCACUUUGGAUUUCACAACAACUUUCUACGUUGAUGAGCGACGACGCUCCGUG